UUAGUUUUUUCAUUUAUAGUCAUUCCUUCCUUCCUAUUCUGAAUCUGUAUCUUUAGCAUAGGAAUUAUAUUCUGACCGAGUGCACCCUUUGUUUAUCUUAUACCCUAUCACGCAAAUUUCUUUCUUUAUUUUCUCCACCAAGUCCUUUCGAGAUGUCCAGUAUCGAUAAGCCGCUAUCAGAAAGCCAGGCCUCGAGACCUGGUGACAUCGAAGCUGUCAGAAAGUCUAUCAUUGAUCUUCUACGCCAGCCUGACUACGACGAUGGAAGUGCCGGCCCUGUUCUUGUACGCCUAGCCUGGCACUCUUCUGGCACAUAUGACGUAGAAACAGACACCGGAGGCUCAAAUGGCGCUGGCAUGCGCUACGAAGCUGAGGGUGGUGAUCCUGCCAACGCCGGCCUUCAGAAUGCUCGCCUCUUCCUAGAGCCCGUCAAGCGUCUUCACCCAUGGAUCACAUACUCAGACCUAUGGACACUUGCCGGUGUGACUGCCAUUCGAGCCAUGGGAGGCCCGGAAAUCGAUUGGGUGCCGGGGCGAACCGAUUUUGUAGACGAUAGCAAGCUUCCACCUCGCGGCCGUCUUCCUGAUGCGGCUCAAGGAGCAGACCAUAUCCGAGACAUCUUUUACCGAAUGGGCUUCAACGAUCGUGAGAUCGUGGCCCUCAGUGGUGCACACAGCCUCGGACGCUGCCAUACGGAAAACUCGGGCUUUGAGGGUAAAUGGGUCAAUAAUCCGACACGAUUCUCGAAUCAAUAUUUCCGCCUCCUGCUGUCCGAAAAAUGGACUGAGAAGACAGUCCCUGAAUCUGGUGUUACUCAGUUCUCCUCUGUUGACCCUGACACAGAAGAGGAGUUGAUGAUGCUCCCAACCGAUAUGGCUCUGACAACAGACCCUGAGUUCUCCAAAUAUGUGCGUCUGUAUGCUGACGAUAAGGAAUUGUUCUUCAACGACUUCAAAGCAGCAUUCGCCAAGCUGUUGGAGCUGGGAAUAGCAAGAGACGCAGAGGGGAACAUUACGAACAGCGAUAACGAGAAGGGAGGGAUUCGGGCACGGAACCAAGACAAAUGGUUGCCCAGUUAUGCACGCCAGGGCAAAGCUUUGACGUAUUGUCGUAAUAACUCUGCUACAUGGAUAUUUGGUAGGUGGGAUCUGGCCAAGGAGCUUGAUGCUGCCGCCCCCACCAUGAACGACAUGCUCGAUUUCUUGCCCGUCCCCACUCUUGUGGUGUCACCAUCGUAUCGCAUCCAAAGAGCCUCAGCCGGCUUGCUCGAGGCAUGGGGACGUAGGCGCGAGGUACUCGUCGGCCAAGACCUCUUCACUGCCCUCUAUCAUGGAUCGCCUACCGAAAGGUUCGAUCGUAUUCCCUUUGUCUACGCGAUUGAGACUGCACUUGAGGCUCGAGCUCUCCGUCUAUGCCAUGCGGCCUAUGUCGCGAAUGGAAUUUCUUGGACUGCGCGUAUCAUGCCCGUGCACGACGGCGAUGAGCUGUUGUGCCUGGUCAUAGAAUGGGAACAGGAUGAGCUUCACACUACAACUCAAAACGGCGAGAUAACACAGAGCUGGCUGCCUAUUGACGAUGCUUUCCGCAUCCUCGUCCAGGCUGUUAAGGAUUAUGCCAUCUUCCUGCUCGAUACUCGCGGUAACGUGAUGACCUGGAACACCGGAGCAGAGCUAAACAAGGGCUACAAGAAGGAAGAAAUCAUUGGCAAGCACUUCACAACCUUCUAUGGCGAAGAAGAUAUCCGGUCUCGGAAGCCCGAAAGAGAACUCGAGAUUUGCUUGCGUGAAGGCAGGGUUGAAGAUGAGGGCUGGCGCUACCGUAAGGAUGGCAGUCGGUUCUGGGCCAACGUCGUUAUAACGGCCAUCUACAAGAACAACAUCCAUGUUGGUUUCGGCAAAGUCACCCGGAAUCUCACUGAGCGAAAAGAGGCAGAACUGCGGCUUACUGCUGCUUACGAGGAGAGCACGAAGUUGAAGAACGAUUUCCUGGCAAAUAUGAGUCACGAGAUCCGUACGCCUAUGCAUGGUGUACUAUCUGCCUGCUCCUUACUACUGGAUAGUCGGCUCACUGAAGAGCAACGGGAGACGGCUAAUAUGAUUCAAGAGAGCGGACAGGUCCUAUUACGCAUCAUCAACGAUAUCCUCGACUACUCAAAGAUCGCGGCCGGCACCUUUCCCGUCAAGAAUGAGAGGCUGGAUAUCGCGAAUGUGAUUACAUCGGCUGUACGCAGAGUUCAAACUACUCUGCAGCCCGGAGUAUCUCUAAAGCUGAACUUAUCACCAAACUUGCCAAAAUGGGCAGAGGGGGACGCUUUGAGGUACCGCCAGAUCUUUGAGAAUCUCCUCAGCAAUGCUGUAAAGUUCACCGAGAAGGGAUACAUUUCGGUGAAUGCAUCGAUGCUCACUGAAGACGAGACCAGUGACACGAUACAAACGGAGGUCUGGGAUACCGGGCAUGGCGUGACAGAAGCCGACGCGCAAGAACUGUUCAAACCCUUCACGCAGCUCGAUACCCCACACCAGAAGCGGCGCCCAGGAACAGGCCUUGGGUUAUCAAUUGCGAAAUCACUUGUUGAGUUGUUGGGAGGGAGAAUUGGAUAUAAGCCUAACCCGGAACGGCAGGGCAGCAUCUUUUGGUUCUCAUUCAAGGUCAAAAGGCUCAGUAGCCUUCAUCAGGCCGAAUCUAUCAUCGCUCCACCAGGAGGCAGUAGUGAAUUACCGCAUCAGGAGCUUCAAGGAGGCGAGGAUCUUGCGACGCAACUGGAACAGUUAUUGAAGAUCUCACCAACAAAGAGGAUCCUUGCGGCCGAGGACAACAUCAUCAACCAGAAGGUCCUAGUCGGAAUGCUGCAUGGCUUUGGCUUCAAAGAUAUAACCGUUGUUUCAGAUGGCGCUCAAGCUGUGUCGUCACUAUCCGCGGCGGCGAAUACCUUUGACUUAAUACUCAUGGAUAUCAGCAUGCCGAUUAUGAAUGGUUACGAGGCAACACUCCGGAUACGUCGUAGUAGUAUACGUCUACCUAUAAUUGCCAUGACUGCUUACGCGCUUAAAGGCGACAUGGAGCGUUGCUUGGAGAAGGGGAUGGAUGAUUAUAUCCCCAAGCCAAUGGAUAAGCAAGUGCUGAUGAGGAAGCUGUUGAAGUGGCUUCAGAGUCCAGGCGACGUAAUACAGACAUGAUCAGGAGUCAUUCAGGAAUUUGCCUUGUCACCAUACUACAAGAUUAGAUACACAACUCAUACACUUUCGGAAACACUUGCUUGGUAUUAUUUCUAUACACAGAAGUCAAGGGUCAUAGCCACAUGCCUUUAAGCAGAAUUGAUAAAGAUCGUUU